AAAAGAUAUUAAUGUUAACCUAAACAAUAAGCCGUGCCUUUAGUCAAGUUGUUUUGAAAGCAAAUAAGAAUCAAGCAAGAGAGUUGGGAGAGUAUGCAAUAGAAUUCAUGAAGAAUGGUAAUCCAAGUGUAAAAGUGACAGAGAGAUGCAAACUUUUCCAUACAGAUUCAGUAUUCUGUGGUUUAAGUGCAUUGGCUUUAAGGACAAAUGCCCCAACAGUAUUAGCGUAAGAAUAUAAUAAAAUUAUAAGUUAAGAAGCCAAAUAAUUAGCAUCUAAGUAAGGAGCUGCUACUAAACCCAAACCAGGAUUUGCAAAGCUCUUUGGUAGUAAUUUAUGGGUUCCAGUAACAAAUGCAAUAGUAGCAAAUAGUGCUGCAGUUAGAGAAUGGGAUUCCAAUGGAACAGUAUUUGGAUAUGAUGCAAGUAGUGCAGCAAGAAGAGCAGGUGAAUUUGGACAUAAUGAUUAUUAUCCAGUUAUAAUAGCAGCUGCUUAAUAAAAUGAAUCAAUCGAUGGAAGAUAAGCACUUAAAGCAAUGGUAUUGAGUGAUGAAAUUAGAGGAAGAUUAGCUGAAGUAUUUUCAUUGAAGACAUAUAAAAUUGGUACAUAAAUAUAAUUUAUAUAUUAAAUAGAUCAUGUUGUUCAUGGAGCUAUUGCAUCAAUAUGCACAUAUGGAGCAUUAUUAGGAGCUACUCCUGCAUAAAUUGAAUCAGCUAUUGGUAUGUUUGUUGCACAUCACAUUCCAUUCAGAGCAAUUAGAGCAGGACAUUAAUUAUCUGAUUCAAAAGGUGCAUCUGCUGCUAUCUCUACUGAAGCUGCUAUUAAAUGUUUGUAGAGAUCAAUGAAUGGAUUUAUUGGUCCAGCUGAUAUCUUUCGUAAUCCAGAAGCUAUUUUUAGAUUAUUCUAAAAAACUAAUGGAGAUAGUCCAUUUGAUAUUACUCUUUCAUUAAAAGGAGAUGAUUUUGCAGUGAUGGGAAUGCAUUUUAAAUUAGGUUUAUAUGAACAUCAAUCUGCUGGUGCAUUAGAAGGAUUGUAAAAACUUAUUUUAGAUACUAAAUUUGUUUAAAAUUAUUCAAUCGAUUCUAUUUAAAAAAUCAAAGUUACUGCUUAUGAACCAGCUUUUGGAAUUAUUGGAGAUCCUGCUAAAAGAGAUCCUCAUACAAGAUAAUCAGCUGAUCAUUCUAUGGUUUAUAUUUUAGGUACUAUGUUAAGAAAAGCAUUUACUGAUGAAUCAUUCCAUUAAUUAUUAACUUAAACUAAAGAUUUGAAUGAAAUUUGGAAGGCUCUCUUCCUUUCACCUUAUGAUUAUAGUCAUGCUGCUGUUAGAAAUAAGGAUACAAGAGUAUAUAUUAUGAUUAAUAUUUCUCUAGAAAUUAAUGGCAUUAACUGAAUUUGAACAUGGAGGAAAAGAAUAUGAUGAUAAAUAUCCAGAAGGUAUUCCUACCAGAGUUUAAAUCUUAUUGAAAGAUGGCAAAAAUUUAGAUAGUCAAUUUGUGAUGUUCCCAUCUGGUCAUGCUCGUAAUACUACUUGCGAUUUAAAUGGAAUCCUUGAAAACAAAUUCUAAUAAUUAGGAAAAAUUGCCAUCAAAGAUCGUGAUGAAUUUUCAGAGUACAAACUUAUCUUUAUAUUUUAGUUUCUAUAAAUAAUUGAAAAAUAUUGACUUUAUCAGAAAUAAAGAGUUAUAAUCUAUCUAUAGAUGUGAAAUCAAUUAUGCCUCAAAAUCCAUUGAUGAAUGAUUUAUACAUUAAAAUACAUAUCAUAAAAAU